UGCAUGAUGAAACGUCACUUGCCACGUCUUGACACUGCGGGCGCGCUUGUUCCAGUGAAUGGCAAGUUCUACAAGUUUUGAACAAAUAUCUUUUCUCCUAUCGACACCUAUAAUUUUUGCUAAUAUCAGUUCUGAAAUGUUCCUGGUUUGUUUGAGCUGGUUUUGCACUUCGCUGCUAGUGUUCGUCAGUGCAGGGAAACUUCCAGAGGCCGAAGUAAAAAUCACAGUUCUGCACAAACCUUUCCUCUGUCAUCGCAAGUCGAAGUACGGAGACAUUCUGCUGGUCCACCAUGAAGGAUAUCUUCAAAAUGGAACUAAGUUUCAUUCCAGCUACUCCCAGGGAGACAAGCAGCCUGUCUGGUUCACACUGGGCAUUAAAGAGGUGAUAAAGGGAUGGGACAAAGGCCUGCAGGGGAUGUGUGCUGGAGAGAAGAGACGCCUCGUCGUACCUCCUGCCCUCGCUUACGGCAAGGAGGGGAAAGGUAAGAUCCCACCGGAGAGCACCCUGACUUUUAACAUCGAGGUGAUGGAGAUCAGGAAUGGACCCAGGUCACAUGAAUCCUUUCAGGAAAUGGACCUCAACGAUGACUGGAAACUCUCCAAGGACGAGGUGAAGGAGUACCUGAGGAAGGAGUUUCAGCGUCAUGGUUACCCUCCCAACGACACCCAUCAUGAGCAGAUGGUGGAGGACAUCUUUAAGAAGGAGGAUGAGAACGAGGAUGGCUUCAUCUCCUCCAGAGAGUUCACCUACAAACACGAUGAACUUUAACCUCUGACCUAAUCCUCUAUACUUUUUUUUCUGGUCAGGUCAAACUUGGGAGGUCUUAGUCCUAUUUCUGUUCUAGGAUCAGUUUAUGUUCACCAUAUUAGACGGCGUAGAACAUAGGAAACUGACCUUAGAUCAGUGUUAAAGGGGAAACGUCAUCUUACAUCAGUCCAAAACGGAGUCGGGUUACAUCAACAUGAUAUAAUCAUUCUUUAUAUUAGACAAGCUGUGUGUGUGAUGCUGUGUGUGUGUGUGUGUGUGUGUGUGUGUGUCUGUGUGUGUGUGUGUGUGUGUGUGUGUGUCUGUGUGUGUGUGUGUGUGUGUGUGUCUGUGUGUGUGUGUGUGUGUGUGUGUGUGUGUGUGUCUGUGUGUGUGUGUGUGUGUGUGUCUGUGUGUGUGUGUGUGUCUGUGUGUGUGUGUGUGUGUGUCUGUGUGUGUGUGUGUGUCUGUGUGUGUGUGUGUGUGUCUGUGUUUGUGAUAUUUUUGGUUAAAGUUUAUUUUAAACGUUUGUUAAUAAAAACUGCUUAUGAACCAUUA